AGUGGGUUUCUGUGUUGUGUGUGUGUGUGUGUGUGUGUGUAUGUUGGAUGUUGAUCACGAUCAUCGUAGGUGUUUUAUUCAUCUUUAUAUCAUUUUUUUCACUGUGUGUCUGCCAUUUUUAAAUGUGAAAUCAUUAUAUAACAACAACAACAACAACAACAACAAAAAUGCGUUGUACAAUCAAAUUGAUCGUCAAAUUUGGCCUAGUGGCCGAAAUCAUUACAGCAAUUAUCGGAUCGAUUGGUGAAUAUUCAAUCCGUUAUCAAACAUAUACAAUGACAAUGAAUGAAUUAUUUGGUGUUUGGUAUCAACGUACACCGGAAUCGAUUACAAAAUCAUAUGCACAUCAUCAUCAUCAUACAGAUUGGCCAUCAAAUCAUCAACAUUAUGAUCAUCAAACUGGUGAAAGUUAUCAAUUAUCACAAUUGAAUGCAUUGGCAACGGCAAAUGAUCAUCAUGAUAAUGAUGUAAAUUUGCAUAAUAAUAAUAAUAAUAAUAAUAAUGUUUCAAAUCGAACAUUUUUAUCAAAAUUUUUUACACGAUUAUCAUCAUGGCUAUUUCCACAUCAUAGUUCAUCAACAUUUUACCCAUCCAAAAGAUUCGAAUUUAAAUCUACAUAUGAUGAUGAUGCUAAUAGUGAUGAUGAUUAUGAUGAUGAACCAUUUGAUCCACGACCAUUAUUCAUUCUGUCAAUUUUGAUUGUAUUGAAUUUUAUUUUUAUUUUUGCCGUCAUUAUGGAAUUGAUGACACUUAUGGGUUUAAUGGCUAUGUCAUGGAUUAUGUAUCUAAUUCUAUUGUUUGUCGUCGUACGUGUUAUGAAUGAUUCAGUGACUAAAUCAAUGUUUAAUGAUGUGGAUCAAUAUUCAUCGAUGACAACGACAACGACAGCAACAACAACUACAAUAGCUUCAUUACCAACAUCAUCAACAACAACAACAACAUCGACAUCACAAUUAUUAUGGACAUCAUUGCUACCAUCACCAUUCAUCAUAUUGGUUGUCAUCAUAAUUCUGCUAUUUACAUUCAUAUUAAUUGCUUUAAUCACCGAAGAAAGACGACAAAUUGCAUCAAGGAUACGUGCACGAUCAGCUUGUAUACCAUUGGUUAAAUCACGUGAUAUGGAUCUGGAUGAUAUUUGAAUGUACCGAUCUAUGUUUAGAAAAAAACAAACAACAAGAAAAUCAAUCAAAUCAACUUGCUGAAUGUUUUUUUUUUUAGUUUUGGGAAAAAACCUUGAAUUCUUCCGACGAUUGAACAUGAUCAUGAUGAUCAUGACCUGUUGAGGAUCCUCAUCACCAUCUUCGUCAUAUGACCAUUAUUAUCAUCAUCAUCAUCGUCGUUGUCGUCAUCAUCAUCGUAAAAAAAAA